GCGCAGUGGUGACGCCUCCGGAGCGGAAGUGACGCGGGCGCUCAGCCAUGGCGGCUGUCAGACAGCUCCGCGGCGGUUCUGUGGCCGGAAUGUGAGAGCUGGACGCUUCUGUCCUACCCGACCGCUCCCCAGCCGGACACCCCCUACUGCUCGCCCGGGAUGAUGCGGACUCCGGGGCUGCUCGGUCUGCGAGGCUUCCUGGCGUUCACCGCCAAACUGUGGAGCUUCCUGCUCUACCUGCUGAGGAGACAGGUCCGCACCGUUAUCCAGUAUCAGACUGUCAGAUAUGACGUCCUCCCCCUGUCCCCUGCCUCCCGGAACCGCCUCAACCAGGUGAAGAGGAAGGUCUUGGUUCUGGACUUGGAUGAGACGUUGAUCCACUCUCAUCAUGACGGAGUCCUGCGGCCGACGGUCCGUCCAGGGACCCCCCCGGAUUUUAUUUUAAAGGUGGUUAUAGAUAAGCACCCGGUGCGCUUCUUUGUACAUAAACGGCCACACGUUGACUUCUUCCUGGAAGUGGUCAGUCAGUGGUACGAGCUCGUCGUCUUCACAGCCAGCAUGGAGAUCUAUGGGUCAGCCGUGGCCGACAAACUGGACAACAAUAGAGGCGUCCUGAGGAGGCGUUUCUACCGGCAGCACUGCACGCUGGAGCUCGGCAGUUAUAUUAAGGAUCUCUCUGUAGUCCACAGCGACCUGUCCAGCGUGGUCAUCCUGGACAACUCCCCGGGGGCCUAUCGAAGUCAUCCAGACAAUGCAAUUCCGAUCAAGUCCUGGUUCAGUGACCCCAGUGACACGGCUCUUCUCAACCUGCUGCCCAUGCUGGACGCCUUGAGGUUCACCGCUGAUGUCCGCUCCGUCCUGAGUCGUAAUCUUCACCAGCACCGGCUGUGGUGACGCUGAGCCCCUGUGUCCCUCAUCGCCUCCCCCUCUGCCUUACUCCCCACAGCUGCAGACAGAGACUGUACCCCUGUCAUGAGGACGGACCCCGCAGAGCUCCCUCCUCUCUACCUCUAGGACACGCGGGGGAGCGUGAUGACAAAGACUCAAUACCCCCUCCACCCCUUUUUUUCAGGGGCUGGUGCAUAUGUGGGGACACCCAGGGGUCUGGUUUUUAAUUGUAGACUUUUCUUGUAUAAAGAGAAUUA